GAUCACAAACUAGAGUAGAGGGAGUGUUCCGGAUUAGGCAGUCAACAAAGAGCCCAAGAGACUAUCUAGUAGAGGAGCCAUGAUUGAUGCCAGGGGCUUUCCGCGGAGUAGGGGCCGAGCUGAGUGUCUUGGAGCCCCUCGGGGAAGGGAUAGUGGGCCUCCCUACGGGGUUUGUAAGCCGCUCCGCUGGCACUCCGUGGGCCACUAGCCGUGGAGGCCUAGCUCCUCUACGAGGAGAUCAGGGAAUGAAUCUCCCCGGGUACCAGGAAGGACAUGAGAGGUCUCUGUAGGAGGUCCAGCCGUACGAUGUGAGCCGUUCCGCUGGCACUCCGUGGGUCUCUCACUAGGAGUGCUACAAGGGGUGUGUAGAGCUCUCCUCGAAGAGGAGCUAGGCUCCACGCAGUGGCCCUCCCCGGGCAGGGGCCAGCGGAGCGUUAGACAGUCCGACGGGGAAGGGAGUGGGCUGUCCUACGGUGUGAGUAAGCCGCUCCGCUGGCACUCCGUGGGCCACUAGCCGUGGAGGCCUUGUUCCUCUUCGAGGAGUGCUACAAGAAAUGUGGAGAUCUCCUCGAAGAGGAGCUAAGCUCCAUGCAGUGGCUUUGCCCGGGCAGGGGCCCAGCGGAGCGUCGUAAGGCAUCUAGUUCUAAUUUCCCGCCAGCUGUUGGUUAACCCACCCUACUUGUAGAUACCUCAUUUAUUUUUCUUAGCCAUUAUCUUCACUUUCCCUCUACUUCUCGUCCAACCUCUAAGUCCUCC